UCUUGACAGUAACGUAUGCGGCAGGUCCAGGGGCAUCGUCAUCCGUUAGAUGCAUUGAAACGGAGGUACAGACCCGCUUGAGAAAACUGGAUUCUAAUACACAGGAUCCACUGCACUGGAAUCCCGGUGACGGGUCCCCAUUUUCCCCAGGUAAUUGUUGUUGGGGGGAAUCGAUUAUCGGCAACAAAUUUUCCAACUCUCAGCUUGGCACUCAUUCGACCACUCUCUUUAUCAAGAACCCUAGACGGGAGCUUUACUCGCUGUUAAGAGUUUGUUCUAUCCUGGCGAUCAUCUUGUGCCAGCGUCACUGGUGCAUGAAAGCCUGUGGACUUAUCGUCAGCUCGUGAAAUGCUGUCACCUUUGAUGGUGCUCUGCUGGCUCUACUCUGGUGGAGGUCAGCGGGCAGGUAUUCUAGCUCAACCUGUUCAGCAUGCCGAACGGCAGGUGGGCCAUACUUCGCCAUCCAUACUUGCAGAUCCUGGCCUUAUAGGUGUCAUUUUAACUUCCUCACCUGCUUCAUCACCUACAACCUCAUCUACCAUGUCCUCAUCUACUUCGUAUCUCAUGACAUCAACGGCCAGCGCAUCAAUUCCUUCAUCGACAUAUAGCCAGUUCUCGAUUAAUGCUGUCAAGAAUAUGACGACAUGCGCUCCGGGCAUCAUCACCUGGACCUAUAACGGUUCAUCACCCAACAUUUUUCUCUCUAUCACGAACGUCAAUGUUCUUGAUCCCAAUCUACCGCGUAAUCCCACUCGCCGCCAAAAUACUGCUAAACAAAUCUCCGUGACAUUAACAAACACUAGCGCCAUCUUGGACAACUGGAUAUGGCCUCAAGUGGACCAGCCACAGGGCUGGUAUGCCAUACAAGGCUCUAUAGCUUCGCUCAACGCCUCUUCUGCUGCUUUUUUCAUUAGUAAUGGAUCCGACACGGCUUGCUUGCUCUCGUCCUCAUCUUUAUCGCCAGGACCCACUAGCCCUGUAACCGUAGUGGAUACCUCAUCAGUGACACUCGGUGUUGGCAAGAUCAUGGGGAUCGUCGUCGGUAGUCUAGCAGGGCUGAUUGUUCUUGUUUUGGCUAUCGCAUAUUACCUUUGCCGCCAAUGUUGCUCUCCAACUCGUGGCAGCAAGCCAAAGCAAAGCGUGGGAAAAAGGUGGAGUUCGCUGAAAUCUAAUGACUCAGCUGCCAGGUCACCAGCGGGGGGCAAUGGUGACUCUGCUUGCUCCCGCGGUCAUUCGGAGUCGAUGGGUGAAAUAUCCAUUGUAGCAGAUAGUGGCAAGGUCAUCUCAGAGACCACAACACCACAGGGUUCAGACGAAUAUCACGAAAGUCGUGGGGAGGAGGAAGAAACACACCCUCACUCGCCAGGGGGAAUGAUCCCUGUGGACACAAUCCAUAAUCCCUUGUCGCAUUAUAAUCGUCGCAUAUCUGUUCACUCCCUUCAACAUUUAUAUUCCUUCCCAGAUCCAUAUGUCUGUGGUGACGCUGGUCGCACCCAUGUCACCUCUGCGCACUAUUCGAAACAAAGCUUCGAGCUGCAAGCAGCUAGAAUACGAUCGUCCAUGGAAAGCUCCGCAUACCUGCGUAACGAGCGCUUUUCGUUGCCAGCUCCAGCUGCCUCCACUCCGCACACACCCACAUCUCCUAGCCGAGGGCGGGACGAGUACCCACCUUCUCCUGAAGCUGCAACCUCGAGCAGGCGCCCGCCUUCAAUGGGUGUUGUGUCCGUUCGCCGCAAUUCUCGCAAACCUGUACCGCACUAUGAUCCCUCAGAGUUUCGUGACGACUUACAUAACGCGGUAGACAGUCAGUCAAUGAUUACCGCUGAUGAAUCAUCAUAUUCGCACGGCACAGAGUCACUAUCCCCGCUGCAUGCCAUGCCAGGGCUGUCCCACAACCACAUUCAUUAUCUGAUCCCUGACAUGCCACCAAGGAACGAAUAGGCUGUGCAUCCAUCCCCCAAUGACACCCAUUGGCAUGCGUUAGUGCUUCAUGUUCCAUGUAUGUAGAAUUUGCAUAUACACUACGGAUGCAUCCGCAUCGCCAAUCUAUCGCAUGCUGCGCAUGAUACUUCGUGGACACAUACAACUGGAGGAUGUUGUAGCUAUGUUUUGCUCCUUCGAGAACUAGGAUGUUGCGUCGUUAUCUUCAAUUUCAAUUACCCGAUCCACAGGUUGUAGUGAUGGAUGUAUGGUGCUAAUAUUAUGAACGUUUGCUUCGACAUCACUGUAUCCGCAAGGAA